AUGAGAAAUCAUGCUAAACCCAAUUUUUUUAAUAAAGGGGAGGUAGCGCGAUAUUAAAGAUAAUGUUCAUGAUAUGACUGAAGCAAAAAUAGUCAAGGAGGGUAAUGCACCACAUUCUUAUCAGGUUCAACUACAUACAGGCAAUGUUGUGACGAGAAAUAGAUCUAACAUUUAUAAAGCGUCGCCCAGACAGAAGUUUGAGGUGGUUGGAUCUGGUUCAGAUUCGCAAAGGACAGAUGAGAAAGAGCAGAACUUGAUUGAACUUACAGCCAAUAAUACUGGUCAAUCUAUAAAAUUGAAAGAAACUAUAAAUCAGAAUCUUGACCGCUCAAGUUUAGGUUUUGACCACCAAACUGGAGUUCUUCCAAAGGUUGGUAUUUCUAGGUCUGGUAGAAUUAUUAAGAAACCAGAGUUUUAUAGAGUUUAUGUUUCUUAA